AUGGCCACCCCUUUGGCCUAUGAUGCGGCAGAACGUGCCCAAUCCGACGAUCAUGAAAAGAAACGUCCGUCCAACUCGCGACAGAGCAGCAACUGGAAUGUUUUAGGAGGGAUCAAGAAGCUCGAGCAGUCCUAUGACGAGUUUGAUACCAGAAACGCCAGCCAGGCCCACCUCAUCUACGCUGACGGUGAUAUGCCAAAAAACAAGGUUUCCAAAUUCUACCAUUUCUUGUUGAACGUGUCCAUCGUGACUCGAUGGUUCUUGUUCAUCGUCCCUAUUCUAGGCAUCCUCUGGGUUCCCGGGAUCUUGGGGGUGACCUCCUUCCCCAAUGCCAAGGUCUGGGCGGUCAAGCUUAUAUGGUGGAGUAUCUGGUUGACCGUGCUUUGGGCCGGAUGGUGGGCUGCGCUCGCUGCAUGUCGUAUCAUCCCCGCAAUUAUUCGAGCCACUCUUGGUGUCGUUGCCGUCGGCACAAGACGCUAUAUUGAAUGGCUAUCUGCCCUGCAUCGAUAUAUUGCGCUUUUCGUCUGGACUCUGGUCAUCUGGAUAGCCUGGACUCCACUGAUCAAAAACAACCAAAUUGAACCUGGCCAGAAGAGUGUAGCUGCAGUCGAUUUGAUCGCAAAACUUCUCUUCGCGUUUUUAAUUUGUGCGGCCGUUCUCCUCUUUGAGAAGUUUGCUAUCCAGUGGAUCGCUGGAAAGUUCCACGAGAGGUCAUAUGCUGAACGCAUUGCCGAUCAAAAGUUUGCCGUCAGGACUUUGGUCACCCUGUAUCGACAUUCCUCCGACAUUCCGGGACGUACUUUGGAAGUUGUAGGCGAUGAUUCCAAGGGAAGUUUCGUCAACCCCAAACGCAUGUUCAAGAAGAUCACCAAAGGUGUUCGCAAAGCCGCCACAACCACCACCACGGCCCUGGGUAAUGUUGCUUCGGAAAUCGCUGGAAGUUCUGUCCUGCAACCAAAUUCCCCUCAGGCAAUCAUUAAGACCACUCUGGAAUCCGCGAACAAAUCUCGUCUGCUCGCCCGUCGCCUCUUCUACUCCUUCGCCAAGCCUGGCGCAGAUUUCUUACUUGUGGACGAUAUCGCUAGAUUCUUCCCGACAAGCGAAGAUGCUCACCAAGCCUUUUCCCUGUUUGAUAAGGACGGCAAUGGUGAUGCGAGCCUUGAAGAAGUCGAACUGUCGUUAAUGGAGUUCCAUCGAGAGCAACUUUCCAUCGAGAAUUCUAUGAGCGACUUGGAUAGUGCCGUGGGCCGAUUGGACAACAUCUUUAUGUCUCUCUAUGUCGUUAUUGCUGCCCUGAUCAUCGCAGUCGCAUUGGAGGCUCAAUUACUCACGCUUAUCACUGGCGCUGGUACACUCAUCCUUGGUCUUAGCUGGCUUAUCGGAGGAAGUUUGCAAGAAGUCCUGCAGAGCAUUAUCUUCUUGUUCAUCAAGCAUCCGUUCGACGUGGGGGACCGUGUCGUCAUUAACAACCAGACGUACACCGUCAAAGAGAUCCGCCUGCUCAGUACCACUUUUUUGGACGGCAAUUCAACCUGCGUGCAGGCUCCCAACAAUGUGCUCAAUACUCUGUUCAUUCAAAAUUACCGCCGCAGUCCUCAGAUGUCAGAGACGUUCAACUUCGACGUCGCUUAUGGCACAACCUUCGAGGACCUCGAGAGGCUCCGAGAGAAAAUGCUCAGCUUUGUGCAACAGGAGAGGCGUGAUUACCAUCCUGUAUUUGACGUGAACAUUAAGGACUUCCCGGACCAGGAUAAGAUGUCGCUCUCUGUUGACAUCAAGUACAAGAGCAACCACCAGCUUGGAUCUCUAAAGACUAAACGCAGGAACAAAUGGAUCUGUGCAUUGAAGCAAGCUCUCGCUGAAACCAAAAUCUACGGUCCGAAAGGCGAUCCCAGCCCUGCUCCCGGUGUCACGCGUUACACGGAAGUUCCUUGGGACAUCAUUCAAGCAGAGGAUCGCAAGGCUGCUUGGGAACAAACUCAACAACAGCAAGGUGACCACCCGUUCGGAGCCAGCUAUCAGCUCAGGGACAAGAAUGCAGUCAUUGCCGACCCAGCGGAUGACGUGUUUGGUGAGAGGAGCGAGACUAUCUCGACGCCUCAGCGCGACUUUCCGCCUGUUCAGAUGAGCGGCGCUCCUGCAGGUGGUUAUUCCGGGAUGCCCGCGCCCUCACUCUCCAUGCCUAUGCCUUCCUCGAGCCAGCCUCAACAACGCGGCGAUGUGAUUGAAAUGCAGACCCGUCGUUAA